UUUCGGUACAACAGCGAAGGAGUGAACACUACCUGAGUAUUGUUGUGCAAAUCUUUAGGCAUCGGCCCUAAUUUUUAUUGUUUUCUGUUAUUUGGUGAGUCCAUUUAACGCAUCCAGUUAUAUAUCAGUUUUUGUGGCUGGUAGUUUCCUCCUCUUGGCCCUCUAACCUCAACCAUGGGGGACUCUUCGGGGGGCGAGGGCCCCCCGACGGUUAGUGCAGCACAAGAAAAUGACAGUUUAUCCAAUGAUUCUCAAAAUCGUCCGUUGAACGCCAUUAUUUGUAACAUUUUGCCACCGGAUUGCAAAAAAACUGCUGAAGAUAUUUCCAGGCCCCAGUAUUUUGAUGUGCCCUCAGGUGAAGAGUUGUCAAAGUUAUCGGCAGAGAUCCAGAUUAUCAAGAAUCAGUUCGAGCAAGACGCUGAAAUCCUGCGGGAAGUUGCCAAAAUCUCCGCAAACAUAAGAAGGACAGUAAAUCGGAAAACAAAAUAUGAAAUCACCGACCAGGGGCCUUUUAUGGUGAUUCUGGAGGGGAUUACAAGUAAGGUGGGGACUCUUCAUCCUAUGAACUUUGGGAAGUUACUUCAAGCGCAGAAAGUUCAAGGUUUGGUCAUUGGAAAAACCAAUGUAAAAGCAAGGGUAGAUGUAGUUUCUGCGCUGGAGAUCAUCCAGUAUUUCAUUGUGAACUGAAAGAACAGUUUUAUAAGAAGAAACCAUGCCCGACAGACCACUUAAAUCAUGAAGGUAAAUGCAGCCUGGGUAAUUGCGAAAUAUCUCCAAAGCCAACUUGCAUCCAUUGUAAAGGCUCUCAUCAGGCCACUGAUAGAUCAUGUCCGGAAAUGGACAGACAGAAGAAAAUCAAUGAGGCUAUGGCAUGGUACAACUUAUCCUUUUUUGAAGCGGCCAAACUCUUUCCAAGAGGCCCCAAAUCAAGUGAGUUUAAUCGCUCUAAUGAAAAUUUCCCUCCUAUUCAUAACACGGUUGCCCCCGUCUCUCAGCCUUCCCCUAGAUCUGCUUCUAAAACCUAUUCUGUCAUAGCAAAAAAGCGUAAGUCCCCCCAAAUAGAAUCAGGGUAUGAUAGGGACGCCCACAGGGAUUGUCUCGUGCCGCCGUUGACUAGGCAGAAGUUGAAUCACACUAGCAAAAGUCAAUCUUCUCCCUCAUAUUUAAAUGAUUUAUCGUCAGAGUCCGAGAUGGACACUGCUUCUCCAGGGGUUUCCUCCUCUGGUGAAUUUUGGUAUCGGUUUGAAAAUUUAAAGAAAAAAGUCUUGUCCAAUAUACCCAGUAAAAGUGCUUACCAUGAAAUUGAGAGUCUUUUUGACUCCCUGCCUCCUCCCGGAGGAUGCAGGUUUUAAUAUAUGAAUGUUCCCAGAUCGACAGUCAAAUCUUUCUGUUAAAAUUAGUAAUCUCUCAAUUAUUCAUUGGAACACUUGCGGUAUUAGAAGUAAUUGUGAUAGUAUUAUUAGACUUAUUCGUGACUUUGGUCCGGAUAUAGUCAUGAUUAAUGAAUCUUUUUUACUCCCAUGGGAAGAGACAUUUAUAAUUACCGAUGCCUCUAAGGGACCAGAUGAUAGAGUUGGCUUUGGAGUAUUUAUUCCGUUUCUCAAUGUUAGGGUCGGGCAUGGGUUGAAUAGCGCGUUUUGUAUUUGCUUUGCAGAAAUGGUAGUUAUUAGUUACGCCCUAGAUCUUAUAUUAGAUUAUAAUAUUAAACAGGCAGUAGUUGUCUCCGAUUCCAAAAGUGCCCUGCAGAGCUUCGGAUGCAGUGCGGUUGAAGCUUCCAACAGCUACAUUUUACUAGAUAUUAAAGCAAAGAUUGAUAUUUUAAAGCGCAGACUUGGGGGGAAAAUCCGAAAAAUCGACAUUUAGAACUUCUGAGAUUAGUCUCCUUCGCUGGAGAAGAUCCGAAAAUCCUCGACAUUUGGAACUUUAAAGUUUAGUCUCCUUCGCUGGAGAAGAUCUGACAAUCCUCGACAUUUGGAACUUCAAAAAUCAGUCUUCUUCGCCAGAGAAGAUACGAAAAUCCUCGACAUUUAGAACUUCAAUAUUCUGUCUCCUUCCUGGAGAAGAUCCGAGAAUCCUCGACGGAAGUCGGCAAUGGGCGAAUGAUCCUGGUAGUCGUGCCCAACAGUUAUCUGUGAAACGCAUCAUUGAACUUGAACUUAGUCUUCAAAUCGGAUAUAGUCAUGAUUAAUGAAUCUUUUUUACUCCCACGGGAAGAGACAUUUAUAUUUACCGAUGCCUCUAAGGGACCAGAUGAUAGAGUUGGCUUUGGAGUAUUUAUUCCGUCUCUCAAUGUUACGGUCGGGCAUGGGUUGAAUAGCGCGUUUUGUAUUUGCUCUGCAGAAAUGGUAGCUAUUAGUUACGCCCUAGAUCUUAUAUUAGAUUAUAAUAUUAAGUAAUUGUCUCCGAUCCCAAAAGUGCCCGGCAGAGCUUCGGAUGCAGUGCGGUUGAAGCUUCCAACAGCUACAUUCUACUAGAUAUUAAAGCAAAGAUUGAUAUUUUGAAGCGCAGACUUGGGGGGAAAAUAUCGUUAUGCUGGAUUCCAAGCCAUUCGGGGAUAAGACAUAAUGAAACGGUGGAUAGAAUAGCCUCAGAAGCUAGACUUUUAGAUCCGCUGAAUUUAAGGCCCCCUUUUAGUGAAUUUAUCCCGAUAAUUAGAGCAAAGAUGUGGUACAUCUGGCCCAUCAAGUGGAGAGAGUGGGGCCGUUCAAAGGGCAGACUUUAUAGUGCAGAUUAUAAGACACCUCCAACAGUUCCAUGGUUCCACAAACUGCAGCUGUCUAGAAAGGAGAUUACAACAGUGUGCAGAAUGAGGAGUAAUCAUUGUAGUUCCCCAGCACAUCUUUACAAGAUAAACGUCAAAAUAUCUAACCUGUGUGCUUGUGGAGGGGUGGGAGAUAUUGAACAUAUUUUGUUUGAUUGUGCUCUGCAUCGGAAUAACUCCCAAAUUCUGUAUGAGUCCCUCAUUGAUGCCAGCUUACCCGCUCCUAUUAGUGCCUUUUCUGCACUUUUUCACCCUGGAUGUAUGGAUUCUGUUGCACGACUUGUGGUUAGAUUCCUUGAUGCAUGUGGUAUCUGCUUAUAACCGCUUUUGGAUUUGCUAGCUCAUGGUCUAUGGGUUGGUUUUAAUCAUCAUGUAUAUUAUUUAGAAUUUCAAAAGAAGAACUCCUUCGCUGGAGAAGAUCCGAAAACUCGACAUUUAGAACUUCUGAGAUUAGUCUCCUUCGCUGGAGAAGAUCCGAAAAUCCUCGACAUUUGGAACUUUAAAGUUUAGUCUCCUUCGCUGGAGAAGAUCUGACAAUCCUCAACAUUUGGAACUUCAAAAAUCAGUCUUCUUCGCCAGAGAAGAUACGAAAAUCCUCGACAUUUAGAACUUCAAAAUUCUGUCUCCUUCCUGGAGAAGAUCCGAGAAUCCUCAACGGAAGUCGGCAAUGGGCGAAUGAUCCUGGUAGUCGUGCCCAACAGCUAUCUGUGAAACGCAUCAUUGAAUUGAAUUGAAUUAGUCUUCAAAUCACAGUAAAAGCACUGAACAUCUGGUUAAUGGUUCGAAAAUCGUUAAAGAGAAGAAGGCAACAGCUGACAGAAGUGAGGUUAAAUCUGGCUUGGAUGUGCAUGAAAUUUUAAAAUAAUUAUUUCGAAAAAUGCCAAUCAAUUCGAGAAAGCUGUCCAGGGGGCGAGGGGACAACUGCGGGAGCCAACGAGCGCCACACGUAGCUAAUGCCUCAACAUGCACGAGCAUCGAAGCACCCUCUUUACCUAAACAUUUCCCCUUUCCCAACACACCGGUAGACGGUGAGUUUUCUUUCGAAGUGUUAAUGUAUUUUUUCGCCAUGUGCUCAGCUGGUUUGCAAUACUUGCACUUGUACCGAUCAGUCUGGUGGCUGCCCCAUUCUUAUUCUAGCAGUACAAUGAACUUUUACUUAAUCGACGGUCAUUUGCUGACGUUUAUUUUAAUCGUAUUUUCCCGAAGAUUGAUUUAUUCAUUGGGCUGCUUUAUAUCGCAAAUAUUAGAUCCACCUGUCACCGUCAGGACUGGUGAUGAAUUGAACUAUGUCUACUUCAGGUACGCUUUGUUCGCAUUUUUCUGUGCCAAACUGGGAAUAUGCGCUUGUUUCAUCGUCGAAAACCAAACUAAAGUCAGCAUACUCUACCUCUGUUAUCCUAUCCUAGUGUACUUGAUAUUGUUCGGGUGCAAAAUUCGCCCCAUCUUCGAAGGGAUGACUUGGUGUAGCGACGGUAAGCCCCCCUUACACGCAUGUAGUUCUAACGCCAUCGAGAUAAGAAAAGAAGCAGAAAAUUUAAGGAAUAAUUUUAAUGAUCGACUGAGACAGAUACUGUUUAGCGCUGUAGUAAACGCUUAUUAUGGGGGAUUUAUUCCAUGUUGUUUCGCCCAGCCACAAUUGCAAUACGAUAUCUUCUGGGUCACACAACAUGCGUUUUUCAUAUUUUUUGCCAGUUUUAUCUUUGCCACAACCCAUUUAUUGCCGCUACGGUACUGUGACAUUUUGCACAGGUCGGCUUUACACUUAGGAAGAUGGGAGAAACUGGAAACUGACCGAACUUUGGUUAUAGUUACUAAUGACUGGAGGGAGGAUUGUAUUUGGCCUUCUGGUGUGUUAGUUAAGCAUGACAAAGUCAUCUGGAGGGCGAAAGGUCACUGCAAUAGCAGCCGACCUGGCGAUAAGGGAAUGGCAAAGUUUUAUAACAUGUUUUUAAUACCAGCAAAACUGCUAAGCCUCUUGCUAUUCUGCCAUGUUGUGUUGAUUUUUUACCAGUUAUUCUUGCUGGUUCGAAUCACACAUUGGUACAAAAUAGUAAGUCUAGCGCUAAUGCUGUUUUUCAACUACUACACCCUGUACAAACUUUGUCGCGACUUUUUGGUUAGUUACAAGAUAUACAGGGGUGAAAAGGAGAUGCACGAUAAAACAGACUAUAGGUGAUACUUGGGGACAUGUUGCAUCAUAAUGCUGGUCAUAUUGUUUUGGAUUGUGACAUUUUUCCUCUAUUAUAUGGGUCAUAGCUGGGAGGAGAUGCAGUUGGAAGAAGGAUAGAUUAUUUGAGCAUUUAUUAAAUGCCUUGUUCUACUAAUGUAAAAUACUAUGUAUUAAUAAAUGUAGAUGU